CCCACAAAGAGUGGGUUAGGAAGCCAGGGCACAGUUCGUGAUCCGACAUGGUCAAUAAACGUCUGGACGCUACCGCGUCCGAGCAUGCUGCUCCCAAGGCGCCGGCGCUGCGCUCGCUGCUGUCGCGACAACCGUUGCGGACGCUUGUGCAUCUCUUCAUUUUGAUCCAGGUCCUCUUCGUGCAGCUUCCAAUCCGUACCAUCGCCUACGUGCUCCUUCCUCGCCUCACACGGCCUCACCCGCAAUGGCCACUGGGUCGCUCGCUACUUGUGAAAUGUCUAGGAUCGUACAGGAAGAACACAAGGAUGCUCAAUAUCCUUUCUGGGCGCAUCAACAAGUCCGUCUUGCCUCUGGUCAAGGUCGGUGCUCCUGCGACGCCAGUGUGGGUACCACCCAUUGACGGGCAGGCAACGCUCGAGGGCGAUAUCAAGCUUUGGUUCGAUAGCGCACAUUGCACCACCAAGCGCAUCCCUGGCUUCUGGUACGGCCGCGAUCACCACGCCAAGAACGGCGUUCGACGUGCGAAGGAAGGCGAAAAGGUCUUUUUGUUCUUCCACGGCGGUGGGUACAUCGAGUACAGCGCCCACCCUAGCGGGCCGAUCGCUGCUCUUCCUUUGCUCCUCCUACGUGCAUCGAACAAGUCGCCCAGCCCGCGAGCGCCCAAGCGCCUCUUCGCAGCCGAGUAUCGCCUGAGUGACGAGACCGCCUUCCCGGGCAUCUUGGCAGAUGCACUCGCCUCAUGGAUCUAUCUCGUCAAGGACUGCUCCUUCAAGCCCGAAAACAUCGUCCUCGCUGGCGAUUCUGCUGGUGGCAAUCUGGCCCUUGCGCUUGCCCGCUACCUCCGAGACUAUCGACCGCUGUCCAAAGAAGGCUUGUUCACUUCAAGCUCGCCCAUCGCCGACUCUCUUCUCCUCUUCUCGCCCUGGGUUGACCUGUCGCUUUCGCACGCAUCCGCGGGCCCUUCGUCGUCGUUCAACAAGCACGCAAAGUUUGAGUUCCUCACAAUAGAAGGCUGCAUAACCGCCCGCGAUCGUCUCGUCGUCGGAUUGCCCCCUUCUGUCCUGCGCUCGAGGUGGAUGAGCGCCGUCUGCGUCAAUCGAGAAACAGAAGAGGACCUCUUUGACAACUUUCCCCGGUGUAUCGUCGUCUCUGGGGCCCUCGAGCUGUUCCAGGACGAGAUCAAGGCGCUCGUGCGUCACUACGAGACUGCGUCAAAGGCAGGCAGGUCUGGCCAGGUCGAGCACGUCGUUGAGCCAUUGGCCGGACACGACUUCACGGUCGUUCCGUUCAUCUAUACCGAAGAGAACAAGCGCAUCGAGCAACGCAUGGCGAGGUGGCUGUAGCUUCCCUUCUUCUCUGUCCCUUUCUUUUAACUUUUUCGGCUCCGUAAAAUGCACGGAUUCGCAGCAGAGCAAGUUCA